AUGCUGAGAAAUAUAGGAAGAAUAAUCGCGAGAACAUCUGCAGUUCAGAUCGAAGCAGAAAGAAUACAGUACAUAAGAGAAGUUCUGUUCAAUUCCGUCUCUACCUCAACUCGACAAAAAUUCGAAGCGCACGAUAAAUUCGAUGAUGGCCAAGUUCCUAUCAGAGAUUUGUACAAAAUCUUCUCCGAAGACACAAAAGGACUUGAAAACUUCGUGGAGAACCUUGUUGGUCAAGUGCAGGUCAACACACAAAACAUGACCUUUCCAGAUUUUCUCAUUUUGAUGAGUCAGCGAAAAGGAGUCAGCUCCCCUCUUCACCCCGUCAGGGACUUAUUCAAGAGCUAUGAUAUUGAAGAAAACGGCGCGAUCAAUGCCGCAGAAUUGAAGGAGUGGAUGUGGUCACAUGGAAAAUUACUAACACAAAAUCAAGCCCAAGCGCUUAUCGACAAAAUCGACCAAAAAGAGGAUGGAGUUAUCGAUUAUACAGAGUUCUUACUCGUCGUUGCAAGAAAAAUCCUGACAUCUGAAAUCAUCCUAAACGUCGAAAAACAAGACCAAGAAGCCUCAAAAAUCGACCAAAACUGA